AUGGUUAGCUUCAAAUACAAGACCUUGAAGACCUAUCUUCCUCGGGUCCGGUUUCUCACGGUGCAUUAUGCCUACUUCAUCGGAGUCUCCUUCAUCACCUCCGCCAUCUUCUGGGGCACAUCUUCCCCGGCCCGCAGUGUUCGAUACAUUGACUCGCUAUUUUUAACCGUCAGCGCCAUGACCCUGGCGGGACUGAACACUGUCAAUUUGUCUACGCUGAAUACAUUCCAGCAAGUCCUGCUGUUCUUCCUCAUAAUGUUUGGAUCUGCGAUCUGGGUUUCCAUUGCGGUGGUCCUAGUUCGCAAACAAGCCUUUGAGAAAAGGUUUGGGGAGAUUGUGAGGGAAGAGCGUCUGCGGAAGAGAACCCAGAGCUCAAUUGGGUUAAGCCGUUUAAUCAUGAGGCCGCGCUCUCUCUCUCGACAGUCCACCGUGACCCAGGAACCUGCUCGUCACUCAGAACCCCCGCUCCCGCUCCGUUCUCCCCUUUGGAGAACGCCAGUUGCGCCUAGCAUUCCUCUCCAUCCUGCGAGGUCGCAACCCAAGAACCAGAAACCAGAUUCAAGGCCUGGCCCUCCUGAUACCAGACAACUCGAUCAACAGGCAGAGCAAGUUCCCCCAAGAGCUAGAAAUGACGUUGAAUCUGUAGCACCUGACGAAGUACUGCCUGAUGGAAAUCCCCUUACAGAGCCCAAGAGCAAUACGGACGCUGAUUCUCAUAUUGCAUUCACUUCUAACGUAUGGAACCGUUCUGAAGACCGAUCAUCUAGCCCACUACGUCGACGCAUGCUCUCCCCAUAUGUCAAUGUUCAGAACUACUCUACUACACUUGGUCAUUUGGAGCAAGAUCCUUCCGAUGUGGGCUCGGAUAGGGAAAGAUUAAAUACGGCUCAUUUGCACUUUUUGCGCAGAUUUCAUCGAAAUUCUACGUUCUAUAACCUAACUGAAAUGGAGCGACAACAGCUUGGAGGCGCCGAGUACCGAGCAAUAUGCUUGUUGUCCAUCAUUGUGCCGGUCUAUUUUGUCCUGUGGCAGCUGCUUGGCGGGUUAGGGGUCGCAGCGUAUGUCGCAAGGAACAAAGCCUCGCUGACAGAAGCUAAUGGCCUGAAUCCUUGGUGGACCGGCUUCUUUUUUGCAAUUUCUGCAUUCAACAACUCUGGAAUGAGUAUUCUUGAUGCGAACAUGGUUCCCUUACAAACAUCGAAGUAUAUGCUUAUUACCAUGGGCUUGUUGAUAUUGGCUGGUAACACCUGCUAUCCAAUCUUCCUGCGAUGGAUAUUAUAUACUAUUCGCCUGAUGCUUCCGGAUAUCGAGUAUUUCCAUAAUUUCCGUGACACAUUAACCUUCCUCCUGGAUCACCCCCGGCGAACUUAUACUAGCUUAUUUCCUUCUGCACACACAUGGUGGCUCUUACUCUCUGUGAUUGUCUUGAACGGUAUCGAUUGGGUAGCGUUCGAAGUACUCAACUUCGAUAAUCCGGUGGUGGACGCUAUCCCUGAAGGUUCGCGUAUUUUGGACGGCCUGUUCCAAGCACUAUGCGUCCGAAGUGGAGGCUUCUAUAUUGUCAAUCUCUCGACCCUCCAGCUAGGAACGCUACUUAUCUAUGUGGUAAUGAUGUACAUCUCUGUCUAUCCAGUUGCGAUCACGAUGCGACACUCGAAUAUAUACGAAGAGAGGAGUCUGGGAUUAUACGCAGAUGACGCCUCCCUGGAUGAGGAUGAUCUGGAAGCGUCAUCAGGAGCUUCGGUGAAUCGGCCUCCCGUGUCACCCACCGUUGGAAGGAUAUAUUUUAUCCGGCAUCAGCUGCGGGCACAGAUGGCGUACGACUUAUGGUGGAUCGCCCUGGCUGUCAUCAUAAUUGGCAUCGUGGAGGCGGGCCAGUUCACCCGGGAUCCUAUCGCGUACUCUGCAUUCAACAUUAUCUUUGAGACAGUAAGUGCCUACGGAUGUGUCGGUAUUAGUAUCGGCCUUCCAAAUAAACUUUACAGUUUCUCUGGAGGUUGGCAUACCUUGAGCAAGCUUGUCCUUUGCGCUGUGAUGAUUCGAGGCCGCCAUCGAGGCUUACCGGUGGCGAUUGACAAGGCAAUCAUGCUACCAAGCGACAAGCUUGUUAAAGCAGAAGAGGAAGACGCCCAGAUUAGGAUGGAGAGAACUAUGAGCCGGAGAGCCAGAUGA